AGAGUUAACAUGGAUCAAGCUAUUUCUGAAGAAUUACUAGAUAAUAAAUUAAAGAAUAUAGCAAAAACAAUUGGAGAAACUUUUCGUGAUAUCCAAGGAGGUAACGUUCGAGUUGUAGUUAGAGCUUCCGAUACUGAAUUAAAGAGACAUAUUGAUAAAAUUGCCAAUGAAGUAUGUGGGCUAAAUCGUGAAGUAAAAAGGGUAUGUUUUGCUGCAGAUGCAGUACUACAGAUAUAUUAUUUGCCUAGUUUUUUAACUAUUUCUGAAAAUAUCAUUAACAAUUUGUGUUUAGGUACUUUUACAAAAACUGAAAAGCGUAAAUUUGUGCAAGAAAGAGGCAUUGAAAUUCCAUUUCUGCUUGAUUUGACCAAAAGUUCCAAACCAAAGUCACCUGAAAAGUUUUUACAUUCGCUUAACAUGAACAAGAAUGCAAAUCCAAAAGAAGAAAAAGUACAAACUUACUUUAUAGAUGAAUGUAAGGCAUUAGAAAAUUAUGUAAACAUACAAAACAAACUUAUUGUCAGAGACACACAUUUUUUCCUGUUGCUGGAUACUCGAAAACCAGGUUUUGUAUUCAUUCUGAGCGAUUCUUCUUUGGAUCCAUUAAGUGUUGUAGCCAUUGGUGAGAUUAAGAAUCAAGUUGGUGAAAGCUUUAGCAACGCAGAUAUAGAACAUGCAAUAUUAUUUGGUGAAAAAAUACUUCAACUUCAGCCACAACGAAACUAUAUUAGUCUUUCUAAAGGAUGGAGAUACCUGGUAACAAUAAUGGAAAGCUCUCCAGAAAGAUUGAGAUGGGUUGAACCAUUAUUGAAAUUUGGUGAAGAAACUGUAAAGUUGGUUCAAUCUAUUGGCAUAGACAGAACUAGUGUUGUAGAAAGAGCUGUAUUGGAAGAACUUUUAGAAUUGGAUUCACCUCAUAUUCUAAAAAUUCUUUUUUACAAUGAGAAUACUCUUGUCAUGAUUUCUCUUGGUGAGAAAGUUAAUAAUUUGCGAAAAACAGAUAUCAAAGAUAUAAUCCACACUCUCAAACGUGUGUAUUCAUAUGGAUAUAUACAUAGGGACCUUCAGAAAUAUAAUUUUCUUCGUAAUUUAGAUGAUUCAAAGGAAAUUAUUGACUGGGGUUAUAGCACAAAGGAUCGCGAAGUCACUGCAUUUGCAGGAGCACUUGAAUGCAUGCCGGAUGUAGUCUUGAAAUCAUUAAUUAAUGAGAAAAAUAUUGUUUAUGAUGCAAAAGUUGAUUUAACAUGUUUUGUGCGAUCAUUCUAUCUGAUGCUACACAAACCAUCAAUGGAAAGAGUUGCCUUUGACAGAGAUGAUGACAUCAAGAAACGCGCACAAAUGCUGUUAAAUUUUUGGAAAGAUUGUAAUAAGUCAGACGUGUGGG